AUGAAAAGCCUCAUAAGCGACCAGAAGAUUAUCUUGUAUUUGCCGAUCGAUAACAUAUUGGAGAUGAUAGUUGCUGCCCUCGCUGCCAUGGCCUUCAGGAAACCAUUAUUCAUGCUCUAUGGGGCUGUCGUGAGUCCCUAUCAUUGGUGUUUCUUAGCCAAGGUUACUGAACUCUUAGAAAUUCAAGAAGGCCUUCAAUUGGCAUGGGAGGCUGGUUAUGGUUCAUUAGUGGUUGAGACCGAUGCAAAGAUUGCCAUUAACAACAUUGUCUCUAGCAAUGAGGCUUUGGGAUUAUGUAAUAUUGUGGCUGAUAGACUUGCUAAGUUAGCUUUAGGUAGUGUGUCCACAGACGUUUGGCUUUAA